AUCAAAAAGGCGCGUUAGUCAAACACUCGGGAUCCGUAGUGAGUCGACAGUGCGUCCAUAUGUGUGGUAAAUUAACCUCUAAACGAUGAAUGGGAGACCGAAUAUCGCCGACAUGGAUUACAAUAUGAUGACAACCAGUCGAGAUUACACAAAGGACGUUCAGUUUAAAUUUCUUAUAAUUGGGGACUUCGGAGUUGGAAAAACUGCCAUCGUACGACGUUAUGUUGACGGUAGAUUUUCGUCCAAAUACAAAAUAACGAUCGGAGCAGACUUCGCACUGAAACACAUCACGAGGGACGAAACACACAUUAAGCUUCAGAUUUGGGACAUUGCAGGUAACGAAAGAUUCGGCUACAUGACAAGAGUUUACUUCAAAUACGCAGUCGCAGCUGUUGUUGUAUUUGACCUCACGAGGAGCACUACAAUUCAAUCAGCAAGUAAGUGGCUGCGCGAUCUGCGAGAGAAGGUGACACUCAGCGAUGGAACGGCCGUCCCUGUAGUACUGCUAGCCAACAAGUGUGACAUCUACAACAGUUCUCUUCCCACAGAUUCCAUUAAUAAGCUCUGCAAGGAGUAUCGGAUAGACGCCUGGUUCGCUACUUCUGCGAAGGAUAACGUCAACAUAGAUCAGGCGUUUAACUUUUUAAUAGAUCGGUCUCUCCAAGUGACCAACUGCGAACCAACUAGGGAAGGCAUUGCUCUGGAUGAGAAGUCCAUCUUCAACAAGAAUAUAUACAAGAAUCAAGGCUGUUGCAAAAUAUUAUAGUGUUCAAGUUGUCAAAAUGAACUUUAAUCUAGUCAUUCCUUUGGAAACGUGUUUUUAAAACUGCUCAUAUUAUUUUUAAAUGCGUGAAAUAAAUCAAUAAAAUACCACGGUGUUAUAAAAAUGGUUAUAUAAAUAUUAAUAACACUUUUGUCAGCUCAUAUUAAAAUGACAAAUUUUGGCAUGUGAUCGUACAUUUUAACUCAAACAAAAAGAGCAGACGUUUUGUGUUGUGACGUUUUUGUACUCCUAUGAAAAAUGUUUCAUGAAUAAAUAUUUUAUUCCAUGAU